AUGGCUCCUGAAGACUUGAAAAGCCGGACGCAUCUGCUAGAUAAUGAAAUUCGUAUUAUGAGAAGUGAAGUGCAACGAAUCAAUCAUUCAGUUUCGAUGUUGAAAGAACGUAUAAAGGACAACAAUGAGAGAAUCAAAGUUAACAAAACGCUUCCAUAUCUUGUUUCAAAUGUUGUGGAGCUCUUAGACUUGGAGGACAAUCAAGAGGAAGAAGCCACAUAUUUCCUCCCUGUCGUUGGACUAGUGGAACCAUCUGAAUUGAAGCCUGGAGAUCUCGUAGGAGUCAAUAAAGAUUCAUACCUUAUUUUGGAGAAACUUCCAGCUGAAUAUGACUCUCGUGUGAAGGCAAUGGAGGUCAGUUGCGAUUUCUUCCGUUAG